UAAUAUCCACGGGUUUUCUGCUAACUACUGGAGCUAGUCUGCUUUAUGUGGAGUUCACGGUUUUGUCAGACAUAAUUGUGGCGAUGAUUCAUCAGACCUUGGCACUCCGUGCCCAGGCUCACAGCUAUUAAUACGUCAUCGUAGCCAAGCUGACAUCUAUUUCAAUUGUAAAAGAUCGUUAAUUUUAAUCUGACGAGCACGUCACGCUUGUUCGUCGCGAAGUCAUGCCCUAUACGAACUGCUGCGUGGCGUUGUGUGUAUCUAGUACAAGACGGACCCCAAAUCUCCAGUUUUACCGCUUGCCCGAGGAGGGUGACGAGAGACGAGAGCAGUGGUUACGGUUGAUACGUAACGAAAGUCUGACGAGGGAGGCGACAUCACACUUAACGCGCAUCUGCAGUCUGCAUUUUAUUGACGGAAGGAACGCAAACAACGGCUGUCCGUCUAUUUUCCCCUGGAGUAAAGAGUGGCCUGAUGUGAUCGCCAGGUACAACGCGGAAUUAGCUCAGAACCAAAAAACCGAAGGCCCAGUUGUUUCGCCUCUACCGCUGCUCACCCCAGAGACUACAGGAGUGGAAGUACCGGGACUGAAACCCAGUGUUGUGCGGCCUGACGCUGGCAUGUCGGCUGAUGGAGAAAUGGCCACUGAGGGAAGGGGCCGCGGGACAUCCACCUCCAGCAAGGGAAAAAAACGGCUGAGAAUUUGGGUGGAUGAAAGUGACUGUGACGAGGAGCCACAUGGAGACAGAAGUUAUGACGAAGGGGAGCCAGGGAGCUACGUGGUGGUCUCUGACCAACUUCCACCGUCCACAGAGAGACGAAUUGCUCUACCGGACAACAUCACUGGAACAGCUGUUCCAACUACAAAAGGAGGUGAAGUGGUUACCAUGGCUUUAUCCCCAAGUACCAGUAAAAUGUCGGUGCAUGAGAAGGCAUUCUUCAGUCCGUAUCAUUCCUCACAAGUGCUCAACAAACUGGCAGAUCUCUGGAGGUUGGGGAAGAUGUGUGAUGCUACUAUCUGUGUGGGUUACACCAUCAGGAUUAAGGCCCACAAACUGGUGCUAGCAUCGAUGAGCUCAGUCAUAAUGAACAUGGCAGCCAAGACAGACGGUGCUAUUCUGGAGCUGCAACUACCUGGUGAUCUGAAUGUGGAUGCUGUGCAGAAAUUUAUCACGUUCCUAUAUGAAGGUGUGCUGUAUCUCUCAGCCACAACAGUCAUGGACAUACAGCGGCUAGCAACGAUUUUUAAAGUGGACUCUGUGCUAGGCUACUGUCAGACAUUUCUGUUGGGUGCGAACCCUUCCUCUCAGCUAUCUGCUCAGGAAGGCCGUGGUCAAACACCUCCUCAACCCUCACUACCCUUGCAGUCAGCCACACCCCCUCUCUACCCACUUCCUCACCCAGUGGUUGGACAUGUUGUACCAGCAGGGUUGCCCAUCCCAGUGGUGGGCUCUCCUAGCCCUCAGCCUAUGGCCCUUCAGCUGCGACCAGCCACCAGCAGUACAGACCCAGAAAACUGGCCCAAACGCCCAGUGCUGAGGCAGCAGUCAACUGUGGAAGAGGAAGGGCAGCAGUAUGGGAAACCUCAAAAAGAUUCCCCAUCUUUACUCCACAGUAAACGUGUUCAGGAGCUGAAGGGGAUGUGGAAGAGAAGCUAUGACAUAUCGGAUGAGAGGAGUACAGGUAGCCCAGGGGUUGGCCCUGGUGACCAGCUCCUGGGCAGUCCACUGGCUGGUGACCACAUCAGCGCUAAAAGCACAGACAGCCCCGGGGGCAGUUUUGACCAGCCAGACAUAAGUGCCGUAAAGAUGGAACCUGAGGACUCAGCCACAGAGUCAGGAGAGGAGAGUAACCAAGCAGUUCUUGGGAGUGUUCAGUUCCGAGAAGAGGGAGGGGAGGGCAUGGAACCCCCUGAUGCUCCUUCAUCCUCCAGAUACAAGUCAAAACACUUGACUUCAGAACAGCAGCUAGCUAACAAUGACCCAGCUCUACUUACCCAGCAGGUGAGGAAUGCCAUGCCAAAGACAGGGAUCUUGUUUGAGAACCUGCCCAUUCCUGAUGGCUUCCUGAGUGAGAGCAAUCCUGAGCAGCAGAGGCGUUACAUGGCCAGCCUGCUGGAGCGCACCCAAACCUCUGCCAUCCCUGAGAAUCAACGACAAUACAGGUGCUUGUUCUGCCCAUCCUCCUUCGUCAAGGCCAAGAGCUGCGUGGUGCAUGUCAUAGAAACUCACCAGGUGCAGGCUAAAGAUGUCCUAAAGUAUGUCUCUAUAGAGCGGAAAGGCUCUGCCAAGGUCAAGGGUAAAUGUCCCCUGUGUGACUACAAAGUGAAUAAAAACCAUGACCACCUUCAUUAUCACAAGUACUUCAAACAUGGCAUUGCCUUGCCUGAGGGCUACCAGUUGUAUCGUUGUGAGAUCUGUGGUAAGGAGAGCUCCUCCAAGUACAACUGGCGAACACAUAUGGACAGCUGUCACUUCCAGGGCAACACCUGUGAAAUGUGCGAGCAGACAUUUGGCUCAAGAGAUGAACUGGCUGAUCAUUAUCGCAGUUACCAUAUCUCCAGGAGGGCUUCGCCGCCCAAAAAACGCCUCAGACGGCUGACGAAAAAUGUCUCUGCACCGGCCGAUACAAGCCAGUCCAAGCUAUAUAUUUACAAGUGUCCUGAGUGUUCUUACGAAAGCAGUAUCAAGGAUGACAUUGUUAGCCACAUGGCCUCUGUUCAUGACCGGCCCAUGGACGUGCCAAACCUACGACAAGCAGCUAUGGAGGGAGUUGGAGAGAAAGAGCGGCUGCAGCGCGCACAGUCUGCGGACACGGCUGGCAAGGAUAAAUUUGAGCGGGUUAAGUCUGAGGACACAGAGGACAGCAAAGAGGAGACGGGCAGCAUUUCGAACCACUCAGAGUAUGAGUGUGAGAGCCCAGACAGUAGUGUGGUGCAGCCCACAUAUAAAGACGCUGAUUAACUCCUGUACAGACUUGAUUAGCUUACAGUGACCCUGUUUCCUUUUUUUUAUCGCAGUGCAGUUCUUGUUUCAAAGGCAAUACAUGAUGUUGUUCAUGUGUGGAUAUAAAGAAAUUAUCAUAAUAUGAAAGAGCAAGUAAAUGUAGGAGCAUUGGAUGGCCAAAAUUGUCUGACUGGAAUCUGUAUGUGUGAUGCUACAAAGUCUGAA